CGGAGCGAUCCACCCACUCUGCGCUGCUGUCGCCGCGGCGCGCCGCUCCCGGGAGCCCGGAGGGGUUUUGCGCCGCCGCCCCGCACCGAGUGCCCACCUGCAGGCAGCCGAUCGCCGGCCCGCCGCUCCCCCGUCCGCGCUAGGGUCGGCUCCAGCCAUGUCCAAGCCUCCACCUAAACCGGCCAAGCCAGGACAGGUUAAAGUGUUCAGGGCCCUGUAUACGUUUGAGCCCAGAACGCCAGAUGAACUGUACUUUGAAGAAGGAGAUAUCAUUUACAUCUCAGACAUGAGUGAUACAAAUUGGUGGAAAGGAACUUGCAAGGGGAGAACUGGACUAAUUCCAAGCAACUAUGUGGCAGAGCAAGCAGAGUCUAUUGAUAAUCCACUGCAUGAAGCUGCCAAACGAGGCAACCUAAGCUGGUUGAGAGAGUGUUUGGAUAAUCGAGUUGGUGUCAAUGGCUUAGACAAAGCUGGAAGCACAGCUCUGUACUGGGCAUGCCACGGAGGCCAUAAAGAUAUAGUAGAUGUUCUGUUUUCCCAGGCAAACCUAGAGUUAAACCAACAGAACAAAUUGGGAGACACAGCUUUGCAUGCUGCUGCAUGGAAAGGUUAUGCAGAUAUUGUAGAGAUGCUGCUGGCAAAGGGGGCAAGAACAGAUCUGAGGAACAAUGAGAAGAAACUGGCUUUAGAUAUGGCAACCAAUGCAGCUUGUGCUUCCUUACUUAAGAAGAAACAGAGUGCAGAUACAGUCCGAACACUGAGUAAUGCAGAGGAAUACCUUGAUGAUGAAGACUCUGAUUAACUUUUUUCAUUCAGCAUAAAGAACUAUAACUUGCGUUGCCUAUGUCAGUCUCAAAACAUAUCUUUGCAACUGUAAAAAUAUCUUAUGUUGAGUAUUGCAGUCUUCCAGUAUAGCAUAUAAAUGAGUGGGUGAAAUCAUGCUUUCCAAAGGAAUAAUCUUUCCUUAGGCCAGAAGAUGUCAUAUUUUGAAUCAGAGUUCCUUUGGAAGUGUCUCACAGAGGAAGUGUGGUGUACCAUUACUAUUGAAUGGGCGGAAGACCAUAUUCUAAACUCACGUUUCAUCUCAGGCCUUCCCAGCAAGUGCCUUGCAUCUCUGGAAUGCGUUUCUCAAACUGAAAGGUCCUUCUGGGACAGCAAGACACCAUUGCUAACAUUUUCCAAAAUCUCCCUGGGCAUAGUUUCCUUUGUGCAGCUAAUACUGACAGAGUCAGUACUGGCUGACAGGCAUGAAUGGGCAUUCUGCUAUAGAGAGGGACCAUUAUUUGCCCACGUGGAGCCAGCAUGACAAAGUUUGAUUUUUAUUUUUGGUAAAAUUUUUUCCCUUCCUUCCUCUACCCCUCUGAGUAAAGUGCAAAAUGACCUAGGAUGAUCUGCCCCAGGAUACUUUGUCUUCUCUAUUGCUAUGGGCCCAAUCCCUGAAAUGUUAACUCAGGUGAAAUGCUUGCUUAAGUCAGGUUUGCUUGAGAAAUAUACUUAAUUCUGAAUUUGGUGGCUUGGUUAUUUUGCUUUUUGAAGUGCAUUAUGCUGAAACUAUUUGUAGUGAAAAGAAGACAGAAUAUUUUUCUAUUUAUCCUGCCUAAAAUUUUUAGUACCGAUCUCUUUCUUUUACUUUGUAAAAGUGCUCUUGUAUUUUGUCCUAAAUUACCUCAAAGUUGAAGUGUGUUUGAAGGAAUGAGGGAAGAUGUAUAUCAAAUAUACCACAGGUAUUUAGAAGAGAUACCUUAAGCUGAAUAAACAUUUUUAAAAUGCGUUGCUUCUUCCUGUGAAUUAAAGAGAACUAAAAAAUUAUUGAGCCACUUUCAAGCUUCCCUGCAGAGUUAAAAAACAGUACUUUCUUUAGAUUGCUCAAAUAGCUGCAGCCAAAUAUUGUACCUUACUGAAGGGUACUUUCUUACUGUGAUGGUAAGAAAAUGUUACAAGUAUUUGAGAUACAAUCUCAUAUUCAAUUUUUGUUGCUAAUUUCUCUAGUAGAGACUUUUAACAAAUUCAUUCCAACACAGUAAUCUGGCAUACCAAAACAAAAUCAAAAAAAAAGGGGGGGGAAAAAAAAAAGAAAAGGAAAAAAAAAAACCUCUUGCAAAAGAUUGGGGAUAAGUGAAAAACUCUUGUGAAAGACUGGAGAUAAAUGAAAAGCUCUUGAGAAAGUCUGGGGAUAAACAAAGCUCUUGAGAAAGUCUGGGGAUAAACAAAGCUCUUGAGAAAGUCUGGGGAUAAACAAAGCUCUUGAGAAAGUCUGGGGAUAAAUGAAAAGCUCUUGAGAAAGUCGGGGGAUAAAUGAAAAUCACACUAAGUAUUUUAGAGAUUAAAAGAAGUCUAGAGCACUCUUAAUUUCCCACUUUUAAAAAUACACUCAACCAGAUUUUUUAUUUUUAUUAGAUACAGGUAACGCUUGCUAAGCACUUAUCAAAGAAGGCAGUGCUCGAUUGACCUGAACUGUGUAAGAUGGAGGCAUUGCACAAAUAGUCAUCUGCACAUAUAAUUGAAAACUGUUUAAAUGUUAAAACUGUAGAACAAAUGGUUUAACCCUAUGGAAUACUGUGGCUACAUGAACAGUGAUGUUUUAUUUUGUAUGAGCUUGAAUAUCCUAGAGGGGAAGAAAUAAAAAAAAAAAAAAAGCCACCAUUUUUUUCUCUCUAGCUUUCAUUAGGACAAUUGUUGAACAUAACUCUUAAUAGACAGAGACUGUUCUGCUUCAUAUUUAAUCAGCCAGCUAUUCUGCUAGCUCAGCUUUUUACCAUAGUGAAACUACAUUUUAUGAUGCAUGCUGUUGAUUAAAAUGAUACGAUUUCAAAGUGCAAGUUUAAAAGGUCCUGUAAUGAGAGGCAAGAAGGUUCUUGAGUCUUUUUCCUGCAUAAAUGAAGCUCACAAGAUUAAAAUUCUUCAGUGUCACAGGAUGUGGAGAGAAUGGCUCUUCCCAAGUCAUUGUAUUCUCUAUUGAGUUUUGGAGGCAGAGUUUGUAUUCAUAAAUAACUCUUAAUGUAAUGUCUUCUGCUGCCAUGGGUUCAACAUCCUACAAGGAAAACAUUAUGCUCAUGUCUCUGGAAUUAACAGCUGCCAGAAGACCCUGUGUUCUGCAGAUGCUGCAAAAGAAGAAUGGUGACAGAAGCACAAGCUGAGCCCAGAGAUUGCAUCUGAAGUUCUUACCACUGAAAGAAGCACAUUUACAUUGCAAGGCAGCUAGCAAGUGGUGUAAUUUGUUUCCAAGACCAAAAUUAUCGCUUUUGUUUUUUAUCCACAACUUUGUUUUCCUUCAUGAGACUUUCUGCUUAUCUUGUGAAAUACAGAUCACUGUGAAAGUUUUCAGGCAAUAAAUUACUUUUUGCCUAACUCCAGCAGUGUAAGUUUUGAUGUAAAAAACAAAACACAACCCAAACUGAAUGUCCUACAAGCUAGAAGGAGUUACAGCUGGAGUAAGCUGAUACAAUUUCUUACCAGUCUUACUAGUUAUGCAAACCUACUUACUCCCUCUACUUUUCUUCAAUCUAUGUGCCACUGCAGGCUCAUGGAUAAAUUUAAGACUUUUUUCAAGGGCACCUACAUUCAGUGUUGUAACAAUAAGAAAAGUAUUUUUUUUUAGGAGCAGCAAAGUGAAAGUUUUCAAGCUCACAGUGUCUUCUAACUGAACGUUGAAGGAUAUUCUGUCUUGUGUACUUCUGCUUGAAAUAACAUGUGUGCCUUUCUAUUGAAAAUAGCUAUGGUCCACGUAGAAAUUAUGUGCUGUUAGGGGAUACUUGAAUUGAUUGGAAGCUUUUUCAAACCAAACUGGUAAAUCUUCUGUUGGCUUAAUCAAAAAAACUGAAGUGUUUAAUCCCUUUUUUCUAGGAGAAAAAAUGGGAUAUUUUUUGAAUUGUCUUAGAUUCUGGAUAAUUUUCAAGUUAGUAUGCUGUUUUACUAAGACAAACCCCACUUUACUGGAUUCCACUCUUACAUAUGCCAUCACCUGAAAUUUAAUUUGCUUAAAACAGUUAAGGUCACACAAAAGGAUUAAACUGAGUAGCCCGUUUCUAACAAAGUCUCCACCUUAGAACUCUUAAGUCCUAAUUUCUGACAACGGUGUCAUGUUUCUUGUUUGAGUUUUAUGUCAAAGACUGAAGAUUGGCAAAAGUCUGACCAUGUGAUCAUUUCAGUUGUAUAUAGUCAGGUGUUCAAGCAUGCAGCAUACAUCACAGAAUUAAAAAUUUGUUUUCAGCCAUUGCCACCUCCCAGUGAAACCUUUGAAAUGUACCACUGAGCCCAUUGCAUAACAAGUAAUGGGCCAUCAGUCUGCUGCUUCCUGAGUCUAUCACUUCUCCUCUGUCCAGUGGGAGAUUUUUCUUUCAGAUACGGAUUAUUUGGAAUAUGUGCUGUUUCUUAUAAUGAAAAUCCAUAUUCCUUCUUUCUCUUCUGUCCAAGACUGACUCCUAACUUUAAGGAACUUUAGUGAGAUUUAAUAUAAAACAAAUAUAAAGACAUGUAGAACCGCAAGCAAAUUGGACAUUUGAAAGUUUUUUAUAGUAAUAUUUCCAAUUUGAAUUCUGAAGCAAGUCUCUGGAAUCCAGUGAAGAUAAAUGGGAAAUGGAGGACCCCUGUUUUUAAACUCAGUACAAACCUGUAUUUGUUUUCUUGAUUUGUGUUACUUAAUAUGCUACAUUUUUGCUCACAGCUGUACUGCAGUCACACCUCCACUUGACUUCACUUCUACAAGGACAUACUGAAAUUAAUCAUCUUCAGAUGUACUCAACAUAGAAUUAAAUCCUCAGAAUUUAUAUCCAAUUUUUAUGUACCUUCCCUGUUGAGACUUCUAUAACACAGGUAGUUUCACAGUGUUAGUAGUUUACUCAGACUUUUUUAAUAAAAGGCUUAAAUUUUAUCUUCUCAUAUGAUUUCCCUAAGGCGGGUAAAGUUAUGGUACAUUUCAGGUAAUCUGUCAAUGUUUGCUUUUAUGCUUUUCCCUAAGAUUUCUGUUCAAGCCUAGAAAAUUCCAACUGCCUGGCUAUGAAUUUAAAACAGAAGAGGAAUCAAGAAAUAAAAAUAUAUGUGGCCUACAUGCACUUACCCUGAAAGCAAGAGCAGUAAACAUAUUGUUAACAAAAAAGUUGUAUGACGGGUAGGUUGAGUAGCAGGCACUGUACUUAAGAGAAACUUGUAUAGAUUCAUUAAAGCCCUGAGCUAGCAUUUACUUUGGCUUUAACAACUUCCAGAAAAGGUGGCCCAUUCAGUUACAGUUCCAUGAGUACUUUUCUAAAAUAUAGUUUCCACCUGGAGUUAGUAUUGACGGCAGCAGGAGUUCAGGAACAACACGCAGACAAUCAGUGUGAUCAAAGCGAUGUCCAAUUUAUUAAUUAAAUGAGUUAACUUUUAUACAGUUUAGUUUCUUCCGGGUACAUGCUUACAAUAAGGUGAUUGGAUAGCUCAGUCUGUGCACGCGUCUCAUGCUUUCAGUUCAUUGGUUCUGGAGCUCUGUCCGCGCAGCCUGACGUCGUACGUGCCGCCCAAAGUCCCUAAUAUCGAUCCACCUUUAGGGCCUUUCCGAGAUUCUGCAGGUGUUUCUUUAUCUCCAGUUUUCCCACAACUUUCAGCUAUAAACACACGACUUUCUCAUACCUAGCAACUGUAAACAUACAGUAUUGUAUUCACACAGCUAACAAUUAUAAACUCAACAUAAUUUCACACAGUCUGCAAGUAUAAACACCACGCAGCUUGCAACUUCCAAAGUUGUAUCAAGCAAGGCCUACAAAAAUGCAGGAGAAAUUGUUCACAGAAUCCUGCUCUCCCAACAAGUUAGAGCAGUGGAAAGUCAUGAAGUAACACAAAUGUGACCAAAUUUCAUCCUGCUAAAAGACUGUAGAGUGCUCUCUAGUCAGACAAGAAUAGUUUAAAGGCUUGAAUCACUUCAGAGGCUGAACCACUGCAGGUAUUUUCUCAUAGAAAGAUGUCUGAAGGUGAACAGUUUAUGUAGGCUUCUUACAACCAGUGCUGGAAAUGCUUGAAUUACUUCAGUUGGUGUGACAAGAUCGUUCAAGUUAAUUGAGUUUGAAAUGAAAAGCCAUUAUUACACAGAAGAAAAUAGGUUGAAAGGGUUUGGUGAUGCUUGUAUUUUUAGUCAUUUCCAUUCAGUUUUAACCAAAGCCAGACUAUUCCAGACACAGCUACAGUAGUUUUCUAACCACUUAAAUCCAGUUUUACUCAUUUUAGGGAAACUCCAUUUCAGUGGUAUAUUGCCAUUUUAAGGGCUGUUAACUGUUAGUUCUCUGAGCUCUGGCUUUGCACUUUUCCUGGUUGCACCAGUAACCUCUUAAACCAGUGUCUGCAGCCUACAAGCUAUUAUUCUUCACAUUUCGGUACUUAAAAACUUUAAAUGAAAUCUAGUAUUCUUGUGCUGGGCUUAGUUUUCCAUUUGUUCAAACUGAUGGCUGACUGAAGUGCACUGUAGCCAUAUCCUUACUGUUAAAAAGUAUUUUGAAAUUUAAAGAAAAGAGAAAAAUUAAAACAGCCUAGUGUAUGUACGUUACAUAUCUAAUAAUAUUCUUGAGCUAUGGGUUUGUGAAAAUUCAUGACAUCUUAGAUGCAAAAAGGUAAGAGUGCAAUAUGGAAUCUCUUUGCGUAUAUAGUGGAAAGACCAAUCAUUGAAAUACCUAGACACCAAUAUUAUUUUUAUGUAAAUGCAUACAGAUAGCCUGAAAUUUAUCUUACCAGAUUGUGUAGUAAAAGUGUACACAUACCUAUGGAUUGAUUUGUGGCUUUUUAAAAAUUAAAUUACCAUUUGUCUAAACUCAAUUUGUGGUUUCCAGGGUGCAUUUGCUUUGGAAUCAGAAGAAGGAACUUCAGUCUCACAUGAAAGAAUUAAAAAAUAUUUUUUGUGUGUCUGGUGUUUUUACAAACCUGUAACUUCAUGCUUGGAGAUGAGCUGAAAAAAAUAUCUGCUUAAUACUUCAUGUAUUAAGACACAAGUUUUAAAAUUCUGCUUUUUAAAACCUGCUAAGCAUGGAUUGAGUCUAACAUACUUCCUUCUUGUGUGAAAAGACAAUUUGAUCCAAACUGUAAUAUGUUAAUGUAUUACUGAUUUUUGUUCCUAUAUGUCAGAGCUUUUUUAUUUAAUCAAUCAUUUUAAUUGUAUUUUAAGUAAAGUUAAGUAAACUACUGAUUUCUUGGAUACCAUGCUCUGGAAACUGGUCGCACAUCUGUCUUGGUCCACCCAAAUGCAUCACUUUAUUACUUUAUCAGGUGGACUUUGUUAAUGAACUAAGUGGUUCUCCUAUUUGAAUUUAAAGAACAAAGCUGAAUUCUUUUGCUUUCCAUAUCAAGCCUGCAGACCUCAUUGCAUCCCCUAUGCAAUUCCAUUUUUUUGUGUUGACCAGACCCUAAUCACUGUAGGGUACAAACAAACCUAUUGUGUGUGUGCAUGGUGGCUACACAGACAGGCUUUGCCAAAUGCAACUGGAGUCAAGAAAAUUGAAGCUAAAGAAUUGUGCCCAGUCUCUCGAUUUCUGGUUAAAGAAUGCAGCAUGAGAUAGCACCAAAAUUACUUGCUCGCUAUAAAAUGAGUGAAUUUCUUGACUUGAAUUUUUCAUAGCUCUCUAAUGUAAAAAUAUGUACAUACUAGAGAACAAAGCCUAAUUUGUAGAACAAUUAUUGGUUCUCCUAAUAAAAAUAUAUGUAAAGUU